CCGCCGCUGUCAGCCUCAGAUCCGUCUGGACAAUGGACGGAGGACACCGCUGAGGACACAUGCGUCCAUACUUCCUGGAGUUUAUCGGGAAUAUCGUCUUUUUAACUCUGGAUUUUGUCCUCUGGAUUUAGGUUUAAGAAUUGGAGCGGUUUUCUUUUCUUUUUUAAACUGUGUGAACUUCAGUGAGGCCUUACGAGAUCACGCAGAAUACGACGGAGAAGACUGCGCCAGCGUUGAGUUGAAGGCAAGAGGAUGGGGAGCCGGGGGCACCACCGGUACCACUGGCAGAGCCACAAUGUCAAACUCAGCGGGGUGGAUGACAUGGUGCUGCUCAGCAAGAUCACGGAGGACGCCAUCGUGGACAACCUCAAGAAGAGAUACAUGGAUGACUACAUCUUUACAUAUAUUGGUCCUGUGCUCAUCUCCAUCAACCCUUUCAAGCAGAUGCCCUACUUUGGUGAAAAAGAAGUUGAGAUGUACCAAGGCGCAGCUCAGUAUGAGAACCCUCCUCACAUCUACGCUCUGGCAGAUAACAUGUACAGGAACAUGAUGAUCGACAGAGAGAACCAAUGUGUCAUCAUCAGUGGAGAGAGCGGAGCAGGGAAGACUGUGGCAGCCAAGUAUAUCAUGAGUUACAUCUCCAGGGUCUCAGGGGGCGGGCCCAGAGUACAGCAUGUCAAAGACAUCAUCCUUCAAUCCAACCCGCUGCUAGAGGCUUUCGGCAAUGCCAAGACCGUGAGAAACAACAACUCCAGCAGAUUCGGGAAAUACUUUGAGAUCCAGUUCAGCUCCGGUGGUGAACCAGAUGGAGGGAAAAUCUCCAACUUCCUUCUAGAGAAGUCACGUGUUGUUAUGAGGAACCCUGGAGAGAGGAGUUUCCACAUCUUCUACCAGUUGAUCGAAGGAGCCAGUGGAGAGCAGAAGAGCAGCCUGGGAAUCACAAGCCUUGAUUACUACACUUACCUCAAUCAGUCCGGUUCCUACAAAGUGGACGACAUAAACGACAAGAGCGACUUCCAGGAGACGACGCAUGCCAUGGAUGUGAUCGGCAUCUCUGCAGAGGACCGCUCCAUGGUGCUUCAGAUUGUGGCCGGAGUCCUGCACCUGGGAAAUAUCACCUUCAAGGAAGCAGGCAACUAUGCUGCGGUGGAGAGUGAAGAGUUUCUAGCCUUUCCUGCGUUUCUGCUUGGCAUUGACCAGGAUCGUCUGAAGGAGAAACUGACGAGCCGGAAGAUGGACAGCAAGUGGGGAAGCAAAGUUGAGUCUAUCGACGUGACGCUGAAUGUGGAGCAGGCGUGUUACACGCGUGACGCCCUCUCCAAAGCGCUGCAUUCACGAGUGUUUGACUUCCUGGUCGAGUCCAUCAACAAAGCCAUGGUGAAAGAUCAUCAGGAGUUUAAUAUCGGAGUGUUGGACAUUUACGGAUUUGAAAUUUUCCAAAAAAAUGGAUUUGAACAGUUCUGCAUCAACUUUGUGAACGAGAAGCUGCAGCAGAUAUUCAUAGAGCUGACUCUGAAGGCGGAGCAGGAGGAGUACGUGCAAGAGGGCAUCAAGUGGACUCAGAUUGAUUACUUCAACAACAAGAUCGUCUGUGACCUCAUCGAGAGCAAAAGUCCUCCCGGCAUCAUGUGCAUCCUGGACGAUGUGUGCGCCACCAUGCACGCAGUGGGCGAGGGAGCAGACCAGACUAUGCUGCAGAAGCUUCGAGUCCAGAUCAACACUCACGAACACUUCAACAGCUGGAACCAGGGCUUCAUCAUCCACCACUACGCCGGCAAGGUGUCCUAUGAUGCAGAGGGUUUCUGCGAGAGGAAUCGAGACGUCCUUUUCACUGACCUCAUUGAGCUGAUGCAGAGCAGUGAAAGCGGCUUUAUCAGAGCGCGGUUCCCAGAAAACCUCAACGCUGAAAAGAAGGGUCGACCCACAACCGCAGGCAGCAAAAUAAAGAUACAAGCCAACGAUUUGGUGGGCAAGCUGAUGAAAUGUACUCCGCACUACAUCCGCUGCAUCAAACCCAACGAAACCAAGAAGCCCAGAGACUGGGAGGAGAGCCGUGUCAAGCACCAAGUGGAGUACCUGGGUCUGAAGGAAAACAUCAGGGUGAGGCGUGCUGGCUACGCUUACCGCAGGGUCUUCAGGAAGUUCCUCAACAGGUACGCCAUCCUGACCAAAGAGUCCUGGCCAACGUGGCAGGGAGACGAGAAACAAGGCGUCAUUCACCUCUUGCGGUCCGUCAACAUGGAUCCGGAUCAGUUCCAGCUCGGACGUACCAAGAUCUUCGUUAAAGCCCCUGAGUCGCUCUUUCUGCUGGAAGAGACGAGGGAGCGCAAGUUCGAUGGCUACGCCAGGACCAUCCAAAAAGCCUGGAGGAAAUACCUGGCCCGCAAGAAGUAUGUCCAGAUGAGGGAAGAAGCCUCGGACCUGCUGUUGAACCGGAAGGAGAGGCGGCGGCACAGCCUCAACAGGAACUUCGUAGGUGACUACCUGGGAAUGGAUGACAGGCCGGAGCUCCGGCAGUUCCUGGCCAAGAGAGAAAAGAUCGAUUUUGCGGACAAAGUCACAAAAUAUGACCGCCGCUUUAAGGGAAUCAAGAGGGACUUGAUCCUGACCCCAAAGUCUGUGUACCUGAUCGGAAGAGAAAAGGUGAAACAGGGACCAGAGAAAGGGCAGGUGACCGAGGUGCUGAAGAGGCGGAUUGACGUGGAGAAGAUCUUGGCAGUAUCUCUCAGUACGAUGCAGGACGAUUUCAUGAUCAUGCACGAGCAGGAGUACGACAGCCUGCUGGACUGUGUCUUUAAGACCGAGUUCAUCAGCUUGCUGGCCCGCAGGUUUGAGGAGAGGACCCAGAGGAAGCUACCUCUCAAGUUUAGUAACACACUGGAGCUAAAGUUGAAGAAGGAGAACUGGGGCUUCUUGAGUGGGGGGGGCUCCCGGCAGGUCCUGUUCGUUGGGGGUCAGGGAGACCAGCCAGUACUGAAGCCUUCGAGCAAAUCUCUGCAGGUCAGCGUGGGCGCUGGGCUUCCAAAGAACACACGCCCCACAAGGAAGAGCUUCUCGCAGGUUCGCUCCACCGCGACCAGAACUCCCCAGAACACCCCAUGGAGGGCGGCGCCGGGACCUCCAGUUGCUCACCAGAACGGCGGCCCUAAAAACGCCGACCACGUAGCCAACCAGAGGAACUCGCAGCAUCACAACCAGAGGAAGGCCCCGGCCGCCAACACCCCGCACCCCUUCCUGCCCAGCAACGCCAACCAGCUGAAGGAGCGAGGCAGCAGCCGGCCGCAGCCCAACCUGGACUGUCUGAAGGUGCCCGAACAAGGAGCCGCAGGCAAUGGAGACAGACGGCCAACUUCAAAUGGAGGAAUAGCCCACAGGCCGUCAGCCAGCAGGCCUGCACCGGGAGGGGGGCGACCCAAACCUGCACCCAAACCCAAACCCCAGGUGCCCCAGUGCAGAGCGCUAUACGCCUACGACGCUCAGGACACGGACGAGCUCAGCUUCAAUGCCGAGGAGCUCAUCGAUAUCAUCAAAGAGGAUGCAUCCGGCUGGUGGACGGGGCGACUUCGUGGAAAACAGGGACUUUUCCCCAACAACUACGUCACCAAAGUCUAGAAGCUGCCGGUUUACAGCUGGAGGAGGAGAGGCUGCUGCAUCCCCACUGACACUCUUAAGAGGACGUGAUGGGGAUCGACCGGGAGGAGGGAGGAGCACCGCCAAGACUCCUUGAGGAGAGAAACUCACACUCAUUUAUCCGCGGGUGACACCGAGAAGGGUGUUUGAGCCUGUGGUCCGUUCUCCUCCACGGCCCCUUUUCAGUACUGAACAAACACUAUUUAUUGUAUUUAUAGCCUUCUGUUUCCUUACUGUCAUUUAUACCUUGCUGAGGAUUUGAGCUCCAACAUUUUGGAAGCGUUGGAAUGAAGUAUACUUAAUCUGUGGGAUCAGGAUGUGAUUUAUAUUUUCAGAGGAAGGUUCGAUUGCUGAAUCGAAGGCGAUCGCCUCAGUGGCAAAACUGAAGCAACUUCUGCUUUACCAGGAAUAUUUAUUGUGGUGAAAAUCUGUAACUUACGUACAGGGGACGGCGUCUAGGCAAAUCAUCACACUGUGAUCUACAAUGAUUUUAAAUACCAAAGCUGUAACAAUUUUAGUAGGUCUGGAAAAACACCUGGUCAAGUGGUGAAAUACCUGGAGAACCAUCCUCACCUUUUGUUUUUUUUCUGUCACACCAGUAUAUUUUAGACAGACAGAGAAGGAGCGAUGUAAUCUGUAACCCAAGCAUGCAGUCUGUGGUGUAUUAGCACUUUAUUGGUACAGGUACUACCUUGGACACUCGUUCAUGCCACGGCCGGUAAGUCAUGUCUAUGAAGGAAAAGUUGUAAAGAGAAGAAAGAUGAGUUACUGAGCAGAAUAAUUCGUUUACAUGAAAUUAUAAAAAAAAGGCAUUUUGAAUCUGAUUCUGUAUAUGUGUUCAUUUUUUAAGAGUACGCCUAUUGUUGUGGUUUUAAAUGAAUCGGUUUUUAUAUUUUCUUCGAAGGAUCUUAGUAUUCAAAUUGUUUUGCUUUUCAUACGGCUGCUUUAUUUCUGGUUCAGCCACAGAUUGAAUAUAAUGGUUAACGGAUUAGGGUGAAUGAGUUUUUGUUCAAAUACAAGUUUUGGUGGCACUACAAAUAAUUCCUUUUGCUUCUGCACAUCUUUUGCACUGCUGUUGCAUUACUUAAACAUUCCUUCAUAUUUUCUUAAACAAAUAACCACAUAAUGCUCGUCAGUAAAAACAGACACCUUGGACUUGGACUGUCAGAUAUGGUUUGAUCUUGGAUGAUUGAUAUCAUCCUUGUGCAAUACAAAAAAGUGGAUGAGUAUUUUAAUAAAGCAUGUAAUAUUGUC